AUGUAUUCGUAGACUUGGGUAAAGCUUUGACAGAUGGAAUAAAAUUCUAUGAAUCUGAUAAUGGAGUUAUUUUGACGAAGGGCAAUGAGAAAGGAUAUUUAGAGGCUAAAUAUUUUUCAAAAGUUAUACAAAUUGAUACAGGCGCCACCCUGUUCCCGUAAGCGAUGGCAAACGCUAAGCCCGCAAAGCCUGCGCGGCCUGCCGCCGCCGCCGCGGCCUGCGCAGGGAAGGUCCACGUAGCAGGCUACCCCGAGUACACGCAGCCGCAGGACCUGGCGCGCGUGUUCGCCAGCUACGGGCCGGUGACGGUGGAGAAGCUGACGCACCGCUUCGCCGUGCUGCGCUUCGCGGACGAGGACGCCGCCAAGGACGCCGUCAAGGACACGCAGCGCAUCAACGUGUACGGCGAGUUCCUCAACGUGAGCCCCUUCACCGGCCGCCACCCCGUCACGCCCAGGCGGGACUUCGUCAAGACCAAACACAGCGGCACAAUAAUAGCGCCGGAGAAGAUAGAGUUGAAGGGCGACUUCCACGAGCAGCUGGACGCCGUGCUGGACGCGGUGCGCCUCACGCAGGAGGAGGUGAAGGCCAUCGGCGGCCUCUACGUCGACCUGGAGUGGUAUCUGCAGCAGCAGUGGCCGGGUUGCGUGGCGCUGCCGUUCGGCUCCAUCACGACGGGGCUCGGCAUCAAGAGCAGCGACGCCGACUGCUUCGUGCAGGUGCCGGCGCUCUUCCGGCACCCCGCCGCCAACUUCGUCAACAAGGCCAAGCGGCUGCUUUCGCAGUACCCGCGCACGUUCGCCGAGGUCCUGGCCAUCCCGCGCGCCAACACGCCCAUCGUGAAGUUCCUGCACGUGCCCACGGCCACCAACUGCGACGUGACGUUCAAGACGCCGCUGGGCGCGCAGAACAGCAAGCUCGUCGCCUUCCUGCUGCACGCCGACCCGCGCCUCGUGCCACUGGCGGUGGUUCUCAAGUACUGGGCCAAAGUGCACGGUCUGUCGGGCACCGGCCGGCUCACCAACUACGCGCUCACGAUGCUCGUCAUAUUCUACCUGCAGCAGCCGCCCCGCCCCGUGCUGCCGCCCGUGCAGUGGCUGCAGCGAGACCGCGCCUGUGACGUCAUCGUCGACGACUGGAACACCGGCUUCAUGCACGACCACGAACUCCUUCCCAAGACCGACAAUACGUUGACUAUGUCUGAACUUUUGGGCGGAUUUUUCAAAUUUUACUCGACCUUCGAUUUUGACAAAAUGGUCGUCUGUCCGUUCACGGGUAUUGCGAUGAAAAAGGACUUGUUUGAUAAUGUGAAGGACCUUCCGCCUGAGUUCGACAGAUACAAGGAGAACGUGCAGCAGGAGUUCGUUUAUCCGUUGAGGACCUCGACGUCCAUGUGCGUCCAGGACCCCAUAGAGCUGUGCCACAACGUCGCCUCUCCCGUCAACAGCCGUUUGGCGUUUGAAAUAAUAGCUUUCUGCAAGUUCGCCGCUGACGCGUACGAUAACGAAAAGAACAACGAUUGCGCUGAAUUUUUAAAAAUUAUUCUGUUGAAAAAACCACAAUUACCGAAGAAAACUUAUCCAGAAUAUAGAGUCGCCUUGUAUCCACAUAUCUUGAAAUGUAUAGAAAAUGCCGAUUGGAAAUCGGUGGUCCGAGACAUGGUGGUGCAAUUGUUUGAGGAUUUGUGCAAAAUCCCUUUGACGAAGUUGGAACGCGUCGAUGGCGUUAAGCAUCAGAAGGAAAAGUACAUGGGAACCUGCGUCAGAAAUAUUUGGACGAGGAAAAGGUUCAAUAAAGCUUUCUGUGGGUGUGAUCUUGGUUGUGCAGAAAAACAAAUGCGAAUAACUGAGCAAAUUCUGAAAGUGGACUCGGUGGAAUUGGAAUUGAAGUUUCGAAUCACCUUGAACAUUAACAAAGACACGAAGAACGCGGCAGUGUCUCUCAAGAUGAUCGAUGGCGACGGUGGACAUUACAAUGACUUCGGGAAAUUCUUCAUUUCCACCAUGCAGGGUUGGCUGCUGGCUUUGUUGAGACCACACUUCCGCCUGAAGAGUAACGGCUCGCCCGCCGUCGGCAACAGUUCUGGGGACACGAAACAGUCGGAAAACAGUGACGAGAAAAGUGUUGACAUUAAAGCCGACGUCUCGACUCCAGGAGUUGACACUAGUGAGGACAACUCAGCGGACGUGUCUAGUGACGCUCACGACACUCAUGACAAUGACACUAGCAGUACAAAUGACACUCAAACUAACACUGACACAUUAGAGCAACCUAAAAUAAACACACAGGAAAUAAAAAUGCCAUCAAUAUUAGAUCAGAACAAUGAAUAACCAUAAAAGUCUUCUCAUUAGCUGUAAAUACAAUUAUAGCCAAAUUCAAUAUUACAACAAACUAUUGGCAAGCAGAUAUUGACAACCUAAUUUAAACAUAUUAAUAAUAUAUACUAUACUAGCAGACCUUGUCAAGCUUUCUGACUCAUUCUCUACCCUCUCAGACUAAUUAGAUAAAGACCUGCCUCACAAGACAUUAUUUUUCUGUCAACGUAUAUGAUCAACGAUCUUAUGCGAUUAUAAACACUGUCUCUAAAGAAUCGAUGUUUCAUAGUUUAAAAUCGUGUCCGUCGGUUAAAAAGCUCCGUAAAAAUACCUUUUUGUGUAGUUAUAUGGUGCAAAAAACGAACAAAAACUGCUAAUUUAGUUUAAAAUAUGUAUGAAAUCUAAGCUAGUUUUCCAUAGAAAAUGGCAGAAAAUUUUGUUCGUGAAUUUGGGUGCGAUACUAGUCCUUAUGUAUUUAGUCUGAGUCUACCACUAUCCAACCCGAUUUCCACCACUAUCCUACCCCUACCCUAAAUGUCGUUUAGCCGUUCUUGAGUUGAGCGGGGACUACGCAACUUUUUAUAUAUUUCAAAAUUAUUGAAUUAUAAUAUAUCUAUAAAAUUAAAAUAAAUUAAAACUAAUACUUUUAAAAAUUUGCCUUCCUUCGUAGAUCGCCCAUCAAGCAGCGAGCAUUCCUGCGAUGAAUUGCGAUCGAUAUUCUUUGUUGUAAGUUAUACAAAAUACUUGAGUAAUAAUAUUUUAAUGUAUUGAAAAUUCCAAUUUUUAUUUUGUAUGAAUGUGCUAAGCUGAUAGGCUCAGCUUAAAUUUAAGUAGAUAGCUUAUGAGUUGUUGACAUCAUUGAAUUUGACUAUAAUAUAAGAUUAAUGCGCUUAAUACCAAUUGCUUAUGUUAAUUUUAUUCCAAUACUUUACUUUACCACAGACAUUGUUUUGUAAACAGCAACAAAAACUAUUAGAACUAUUUGUUUAAUACACAACAUUCACAUUAGUUAUGAUUUGUUAAAACUUGUGGAAGAUCUAUUUUUGUGAUUUAUAGAGUAUUGUGAUAAUAAUACUUUUUAGGUAAUAAUAUUUUUUUUCUAAAAAAAAAUAGUAGUUAUUUCAACAGGGAGAGACAUUUCAAUUUAGUAAUUAAUGCAAUUGGCUAACUCUCUCUUCCAUUUGUUUUGAUGAAUCAAAACUUUCAAGUACACAAUAAUGUUGUAAGUUGAUUUCUUAAUACAUACUGUAGAAAUAAAUCAAUAUAAUUUGAUAAGCUAAAAAUAUAAUUUUUACUGUUUAUUUUUAAUAUUAUUAUUUUUUUGUAUUAAAAAUGUAGACCUUGGAAUUACGAGUAUUAGUAAUUA